AUGUUCAAAGACAUGCUGGAGAACUUCUUCUACUCAAGCAUCCGGGCCAUCUUCGGCUCCUCGUUGAACCUGUUCGGGAUGUGGAACUCCUUCCUCAACGUGGCCUUCUACCUCAUCCUGGUCGUCAGCAUCCUGGGCACAGUGGGCAACGGGCUGGUGCUCUGGUUCCUGGGCUUCCGGAUCCGCAAGGGGCCCUUGACCGUGUACCUGCUACACCUGGCCUUGGCCGACUUCCUCUACCUGGCCUGCCAGGUGGGCUUCCUGGUGGAGGAGCUGGUGCGGGGCUCCCGCAACUGGCUCUACACAGCCAUCACCUUCCUGUUCUUCGCUGAGGGCCUCUGGCUGCUGCUGGCCUUCAACGUCGAGCUCUGCCUGUCAGCCUUCCUGCCCAGCUGCUACAAGUCCUGCCGGCCCCGCCACACGUCCUGGCUGGUGUGCAUCCUCAUCUGGGGCCUCACCAUGCCCGUGGUGCUGCUGCCGGCCAAAGCCUGCGGCCUGCUGAACAGUUACAUGAACCUCAAGACCUGCCUGCCCCACCACAUGGCCGGUGUCACCACGCUGUCCCUGAUGGCCCUGAGCAUCUUGGUCACCAGCAUGAUGCUCUCCUUCCUCACCAACUGCUGUCCCCAGGCGGAGCUGCCCCGGCUCCGUGGUGUGGCCCAGAGCUUCAGCUUCCUCUUCCUCUUCCUCGGCAUGCCCAACCUGCUCUGCUGGGCCCUGCAGCGUUUACUCGAUUACCUGCUGCCCAUCGUGUCCCCGAUAACCGCGUUGCUGGCCUGCAUCUUCUGCAGCCUCCGGCCCCUCAUCUACUUCCUGAUGGGCCGCCAGCCGGGGUCCUGCCUGGCCCCCGGGGCGAUGCUGCAGCGGGCCCUGGGCGAGGAGGUCCCACAGAGGAGCAUAAAUCAGAGGAGCAUAAAUUUUGGCCUGCCCAUGAAACUCCUGCGGCGUCGUACCUAA